AUGAUGAUCUCCGGAGCCGGAGGCGAAGUUAAACCAUCGCAUAAAAAGAAGACUCCUCCGCAAUGUGAUGAGUCGUCAUCGUUUUCGUCACUUCCAUACGAACUCAUUGUAGAGUUCUUCGCACGUAUCUCUAAAUCGCAUUACCCUUCACUCUCACUCGUCUCCAAAACCUUUCAUUCUCUCCUCUCUUCACCGGAACUCUACGCCGGCCGAUCUAAAACCAACGAUAUCUGUCUCUACAUUUGCUUACGCUUAACUAAACGUCCAUGUCCUCGCUGGUUUAGUAUUUGGAUUAAACCUAACCGGACGCCAACCAAGUCAAGUGGAAAUUUCAUGGUUCCGAUUUCAUCUAGUUCUGAUUCUCUUCCGGCAUCAAAGUCCACCGUAGCGAUGGGUUCGGACAUCUAUGCAAUCGGUGGAACUGUCGCGCCCUCUUCUACGGUUAGAAUAUUUGAUUGCUGGAGGCACACGUGGCGUGACGCACCUAACAUGACGGUUGCUCGGAGUAACGCGAUGGCAUAUGUACUCGGUGACAAAAUAUACGUAAUGGGAGGAUGUCACGGAUCAGACAAGUCCACAGAUUGGUCAGAGGUAUUCGACACAAAGACACAAACUUGGCGACUAAUACCGAAUCAUGACGCUGAGGCAAAAGAAGGUACGUGGAAUAUUAUGGAUAUGAGGAGAAUUGUUUGGUGUCAAUGGUGGUGGGUGAUAGACAAUGUAAUGUACUGUCGAUCUGGCUCGGGGUAUUUCAUGUGGUAUGACUCAGUUGGUGAAAAAUGGAGAUAUGUUCAAGGUUUGGAAAAACUGAUGAAGUACAAUUAUAGUAGAUCACACCGUCGGAUAGAAAUAGUUAACUGUGGUGGGAAAAUCGCAUUUAUGUGGGAAAUGGGUGUGCUAUCGAGACGCUGUCCUAACAAGAAAAUUGUGUGCGGGAUGGUUGCGUUUGAAAGACUUCAAAAUGAGAUUUGUGGGAAGAUUAAGUGGUUGCAUGGUGUUUAUAGGCUCCCCAACUCAUCAAUACAAUAA